UAUUUUAAAUGUCAAGUUCACGUGUGGGAACAGGAAGCGAUACCAAAUACCGGUGUCUAGAAUUAAGUUCUAUCCAGUGCAGCUUCUGGUCUGGUUAUUUUAGGGAUCUGUUGCUCGAUAUGAUUUGACAUGAGUGGCAGAAGGAAGGCAAAACCCAACCGGGGUGGAGGACGCUUUAAUAAAGGUGGUGGAGGUGGUGGUGGUGGUGGAGGAGGAAAAAAAGCAUUCAGCGACUACGAUGAUGGUGAUUUUACCCUGGACCUUGGAUCUGGUCACUCCACCAAACCUCCUUCUAAAGGAAAAGGACGAGGGGCUUUUACAAGUAGAGGCAAUGGGGGCAGUAGAGGAAGGGGAAGAGGCAGCUCUCAGGGUCUUUCCAGCGGUGGCUACAGGCAGAAUGAAGAGGGGCUAGUUCAGAGUGGAUCUGACCGCUUCAAGCAUCCAUUACAGAAGAUACAUAUGACAUCAGAAAACAAGCUACACGUAAAGGAAUUACUGAAAGAACUUCAGAGUCAGGAGUACAAUACUCCGAAAAGUGGCUCAGAGUAUGAGGGAGAGGAAGAAGAGGAGGAGUAUGAUGAGUUGGACCAUCGUGAGGAAGGUCAGUUUUGGAUCACUCAGGAUGAUGGUGUCGGCUGUGCAGAAGACGAUGUCUGUGAAGAAGAUAGUGAGGAAGAAUCACGUCCCAAACCACAACCUGUUGUUUCCUUGUUUGCAUUAGGAACACUCUGCAGGUAUGGCUUUGACCGUGAGCGAAGCAGGCAAGCGCUGGAAGCAGCAGAAAGAGGUGGAAAAGGGGAAGUCGGAGCAACGCUGGAGAUUCUUCUCUCUCAGAUGUUUACUGAACGAUUUGGCUCAACUGCUCUAGACCUUCAGGUACCUGACCCUCCAUCAUAUGAGGAAUGCAUGGCCCUGCGACAGGAGGAGGCUGUUGCUUUAACUGCCAUCUUUGGAGAACGCUUCUGCGAAAGAAUCAGUGGCCACGUCUGGAUCAUCCAGCUGGAUCUGUUGUGGAUAAGUGAGGUCCGUAGCCAAAGCUCAAAGUUGACAAAAAAAGAACAGACGACGAAGUCUUCAUCUACUCAGUUGUGUAAGUUCUACUUAAAGGGAUCCGGGUGUAGAUAUGGGAAGAACUGUCGUUUUAAACACCAAAGACCAAAUGAGUCAAGCAACCACAAAAACCCAUGUGGACCCAGCCAGCCUGGUUUUAGCAGUACUGAUUGCCCUGUAUACCAGCUGGAGGUCCGCUUUCCUCAGGGAAACCGCUACCCUUUUCAACCACCAUUAGCUGCCUUCAGUAGCACGGAUGAGGCAAUCUCUGGAGCGGGACGUCUUAAUGUGACUGAAUAUCUCUUUGGCCAAACACUUUCAGCGGCACAAGAGGGUGAGCCUGUGGUUUACACCCUCGUCUCCUGUCUUGAGGAAGAUGGACCGAUCAAAGAGCUCCUUUCAGCUUCACAUCACAAAUAUAGUGCUCCACCACCUAUAUUAGCCAAACCCAUCGUUACUGCGACAAGAAUUUCUAACACAAAGUGCACUUCAACUGAGAGUACACCAAGCAGUACUACAGUUUCUUCACGAUUCACUAAUGCAGCACAGAACACCAAACCCGCAGUCAUGCAUACAGAAGGAGACACACACAGCGCUGAAGAUUUUGAAGAUGAGCAAUAUGAUGGCGAUGCCGAAGAAAGUGUCCCCAUAGAGAACGAGAGCUAUGUGAACUUUAGAAAGAGGAUGGAGAAAAAAACUGAGUUGAGAGCUGAAGAGGUGCAGCAGGAGAACAAGAAGCUUUGUAGAGAGUUUAGGAGAAAACAGUCUUCUAGGCGCUACGAGUCCAUGCAGGAGCAGAGGGUCAAGCUGCCUGUGUGGGAGAAGAGACAUAACAUUCUCAAUGCUCUGGAGAAGAAUCAGGUUCUGGUGAUCAGUGGAAUGACUGGGUGUGGUAAGACCACUCAGAUUCCUCAGUUUAUCCUGGACAACUCUCUAAAUGGACGAGGGGAAAGUGUAGCCAACAUAAUAUGCACUCAGCCUCGCCGUAUAUCUGCAAUUGCUGUAGCAUCCAGAGUUGCUCAGGAAAGAGCUGAGACUCUGGGCCACUCCACUGGAUACCAGAUCCGUCUGGAGACUGUCAGAUCCUCCUGCACUAGACUGCUGUUCUGCACCACUGGGGUUUUAUUACGCAGGCUAGAAGGGGACACCCAGCUCAGUGGAGUCACACAUGUCAUAGUAGAUGAGGUUCAUGAACGCACAGAAGAGAGUGACUUCCUGUUGCUUGUUCUGAAGGAUCUGAUGUUGGAAAGGCCUGACCUGAAGAUCAUCAUGAUGAGUGCUACUCUCAAUGCUAAUCUCUUUUCAGACUAUUUCCACAAAUGCCCCACCAUCCAUAUACCAGGACGUACAUUCCCAGUGGAACAGUUUUUUCUUGAAGAUGCAAUUGCAAUGAGCAGGUAUGUGAUAGAGGACCGCAGCCCAUACCGGCGCAUGGCAAAGCAGAAUGGUCGGCCAAAUCAAAGGCCUGGAAAAGCACAUUCUGCUGCGAUGAACAUGGAUGAUGAUGAUGGUAGCUGGUCUUUUAGCUCCUUAGUAAGGAAAGAUUCAGUCAAAGACUCCGUCCCUGACCAGCAACUCGGUGUGCACGAGCUCACACUGCGAUAUUCAACUUGCUCAAAAGCUGUGGUGAAAACUCUGGCUGCAAUGGACCUGGAUAAAAUCAACAUGGAUCUUGUGGAGGGUCUGCUGGAGUGGAUUGUAAAUGGAGAGCACACUUACCCUCCAGGUGCUGUUCUGGUCUUCUUGCCUGGAUUAGCUGAAAUUAAGCAGUUAUAUGAGCAGCUGCAAGCCAAUAGGAUGUUUAACAACAGAAGAGCUAAGAAGUGUGUGGUAUACCCACUUCACUCCUCUCUGUCCAAUGAGGAUCAGCAGGCAGUGUUUACACGGCCACCUGAGGGUGUGACUAAAAUUAUCAUCUCUACUAACAUCGCAGAGACAUCAGUAACCAUUGAUGAUGUAGUUUACGUCAUUGAUUCCGGCAGAAUGAAAGAGAAGAGGUAUGAUGCCAGUCGCAGUAUGGAGAGUUUAGAGGAUGUGUGGGUGUCUCGUGCCAACGCUUUGCAGAGGAAAGGCCGAGCUGGCCGUGUGGCCUCUGGGGUGUGCUUUCAUCUGUUCACCAGCCAUCGCUUUAAUCACCACCUUAGCCAACAGCAGCUGCCUGAGAUCCAGAGAGUGCCACUGGAGCAACUCUGCCUCAGGAUUAAAGUGUUGGAGAUGUUCUCCAAGUCUCCCCUGCACUCUGUGUUUUCUCGGCUCAUAGAACCCCCAGAACAAGGCAGUCUCGAUGCAGCUAAGCAGAGACUCUGUGCUCUUGGUGCACUUACUGAUGCCGAGUGUCUCACUCCUCUUGGUUGGCAUCUUGCCUGCCUCCCUGUAGAUGUACGCAUUGGAAAGUUGAUGCUUCUGGGUGCAAUCUUUCGCUGUCUGGACCCAGCCCUAACCAUUGCAGCUAGUCUGGCCUUCAAGAGCCCAUUCGUCUCUCCGUGGGAUAAAAGAGAGGAAGCCAAUGAGCGAAAACUCUUAUUUUCUUUUGCCAACAGCGACCAUCUUGCUCUGCUACAGGCCUAUAAGGGUUGGUGUACUGCAGCAAAGAAUGGUUCACAGGCUGGCUACCUGUACUGCAGAGAGAACUUCCUGUCUAUCCGUGGACUACAGGAAAUAGCAUGUCUGAAAAGGCAGUUUGCAGAGCUCCUUUCUGAUAUUGGCUUUGUAAAGGAUGGCUUGAAGGUCAGAAACAUAGAGAGGAUGAGCUCUACAGGAACAGAUGGUGUGCUGGAGGCUACAGGUUAUGAGGCAAAUCUAAACUCUGAUAACACAAAGCUGAUGUCAGCAAUGCUGUGUGCAGCCCUCUACCCAAAUGUUGUCCAGGUGCAGACUCCACAGGGGAAGUAUAAGCUGACAAGUAAAGGGGCUGUAAAGAUGAAGCCUAAAGCUGAGGAACUUCGCUUCCUCACUAAAAAUGAUGGAGCAGUUCACAUCCAUCCUUCAUCUGUCAACUUUAUGGUGCGUCAUUAUGAAAGUCCAUACCUGGUCUACCACGAGAAAGUGAAGACCAGCCGCGUGUUUAUCAGAGACUGCAGUAUGGUGUGCAUGUAUCCCAUGGUGCUGCUCGGUGGGGGGAAGGUCAAUGUGGAGCUACAGCGCGGCGAGUUUAUAAUCUCUCUGGACGACGGGUGGAUUCGAUUCACUGCUGCCUCACAUGAAGUCGCUGAGCUGGUGAAGGAGCUACGCUGGGAGCUUGACCAACUCCUGGAGGAGAAAAUCAGGAACCCCAGCAUGGACUUGACUACCUGCCCACGAGGCUCCCGCAUCAUACACACCAUAGUAUCUCUUAUCUCAACCCAGUAACAUUCAAGAAUGUGCACACAGUUCUCACCACCAUCUGCCUUGCAUGCAAAUGAAUUAUGCAUCAGUCAUAUCCACCAGUUAUGCCUAAUAUUAUUUUUAAUAUUUAAACUGGACAAUUCAGAUUAUGCAUACUGUAAUUUGAACAUUAUUUGAGAAUUGGCAUGGAUACUGCUUUCUUAUUUUUUUUGCCCAUUUUCAACCAGUGUUCUACAAUGAAUAGGAAACACAACAAAGUCUUGAAUGUUAUUUAAUUAAGUAGUAUUGCUUAGUAUUACUAUAAAUACAGGACAGUGUAAAAUAUCAGCGAGACACUGAUAUUUAGCAAACAAUUUAAAGAAGUGUCAUAUGCAAAAAUAAUCUUUAUAACUGUCUUCAGAUUAAAAACAUUUUCUAUGAAA